UUUCAAGCUUUUCAGCGUUUCAGCUAUAUGGAUGGAGUAUUAAUGGACUGGUGACUGGUGGUGGCAGCUGUCCCUAGAGAAUAAGAGGUUCUGUGCUGCUGAUUGUUUACGCGUCUAACUGUAGUUUUUGUUAAUAGAAAGUUAAAACUUUUUUUUACCGUAACAUAUAUGAAUCAAUGUGUUUCACAAGUUUCUAAUUUCAGUUUUAUGUCAUAUUUUCUAAAGCUGGGCACUGACGGUUUCAUUCUUACGGAUGAAAUAGGUUAGGUUUUGACGAUUUUGCUAUUCAGUCUUAUUUUAUCUUAUUCAUAUAUCAAUAUAACUCUACCAAAACCUUUAUCCCCUAAAACAUAAUUGCCACUACAAUGUUAAAAAAAUUUGGUACUUCUAUGUGUGUUUGUUAUAAAAGCUUAAAGGGGUUUCAUCAUAUUUCAAGAUGUACAAUCUUCACUAGAGUAAAGAAUGUUUAUCAGGCGAAGGAAUCAGUUGGUGGAAAGGCAGAAAUAAAGGGCUGGGUGAAGGCUAUUAGAAAAUUUAAAGAAUACACCUUUGUAGAUAUUGACGAUGGUUCUUGGCCUAAAAGUCUACAAAUAACGGUUCCUAAAGAUAGUGUUCCUGAAGGCUUAACAUAUGGAUCCUCUAUUAAAGUAAACGGUCAGUUAAACAUAAAUCCUAACAAACAAUUGGAGCUGAUACCAGACAAAAUUGAAGUGAUUGGACCAUGUGUGGUUAUGGACGGUUAUCCGUUUGCUCCAAGGAAAUCUUAUCAACCUGAAUAUGUGCGUCAAUUUAUUCAUUUAAGGCCUCGAACACGUACAUUCAGCUCCCUCCUCCGAGUGAGGCAUCAUACUGCUAGAGCUUUAGAUCAGUAUUUUGAUGACUUAAGCUUCAUCAAGAUCGACGUCCCUGUUCUCACUUCCAAUGAUUGUGAGGGAGCUGGUGAAGUGUUCUCAGUCACACCGGACAGUAAGCAGUUGUUGAAAGAAAUGGCUCCACCUGUAGUCGUAUCACCUGAAGAAGUAUUUUUCAAUGGUAAAACCUUCUUGACUGUUUCCGGUCAGUUACAUUUAGAAGUCGCUGCUCGGGCUAUAGGAAAUGUAUACUGCUGCGGCCCAACUUUCAGAGCUGAAAACUCCAAAUCUCGUUUGCAUUUAGCUGAGUUCUACAUGGCUGAAGCAGAAAUUGCAUUUGCUGAUGAUUUAAAGGAAAUAUUAAUUGUCAUGGAAGGUCUAGUCAAACACAUAUGUCAAUAUCUGAUGGAAAAUGCUGCUGAAGACUUGGCGUUAUAUUCAAAGAUGCAGCAAACAGAAGGAAUCUUAAAUGUAGAACAGAUUCUCAAAUCCCCUUUCGCUGUAGAUACGUAUGAUAAUGUUUAUAGGAUUUUGGAAAGUCGUAGUGAUCAAUUUAGUCAGCCAUUAGUCAAAGGCCAACCUUUGAGUAAAGAACAUGAACUUUUUCUAGUCAAACACAAUGAAAACACUCCUAUAUUUGUGGUGGAAUGGCCAGCUGAAACCAAGCCAUUCUAUAUGAAAGCUGUUGAUGAUAGUUCUAAGAAGGUUCACGCAGUAGACUUGCUGUGUAAUAAUGUUGGGGAACUUUGUGGUGGCAGCUUGAGAGAAGACGAAUAUAACAUUUUGGAGGCAAAACUUAAAGCUCAUAAUCUGGAAGAAAAACUAGCCUGGUAUUUAGAAUUGAGAAAAUUUGGAAAUGUACCCACAGGGGGUUUUGGAAUGGGAUUUGACCGGCUUCUCCAAGUAAUUCUUGGUAUCCCAAACAUUAAAGAUGCAAUCCCGUUUCCCCGAUGGCCUCACAACUGCAAACUCUAGUUCCACAACCUUAACCUUUCCAUCCAAGCUCAGACAAUAAAAUAAUGAGAAUUGUGUUCUUAUUUAGAUAAUUUCACAAUCACUGGGUGGAAAAGACACAUAAUCAAUUAGUAUAGUAGUAAAAUAUACUUUUGUCUACUUAAA